UACAACACAAACUUAUAAAUACCUAAUAGCAAUUAAACAGUUUAUAAAUUGUAAAUGUUAAUUAUAUGAAUUAUUCUCACUUUGUGGGUUAUCUGAAUUUUUGUUUUGUCUAUUUCAGGUUUGGUUUCUUUGCUGCACACCUUCACCCUAAUAUUCUCCUAGCCCUAGAACAUAUCCCUCUUCGGAGUACAUUCAGGCAUAAGAAACCAGUCAAUUACUCACAGUUUGAGGACUCAGACAGUGAUGAUGAUUUUAUUUCUUCAACUGCACCUUUAAACAAGAAACCCAAAACAGCACAAAAAGAGAUAAAACAAGACAAAUCAAAACCUAAAUUGAAGGAUUUUGAGAAAGAAGAUGGCCCACUACAGGAGAAAAACACUAGAAAAAGGAUGGCUUUAGAUGACAAGCUCUACAAGAGAAGCUUAGAAGUCGCACUAGCAUUAUCAGUGAAGGAAAUUCCAACAGUCACCAUUGAUGGACAGGAGUCUCAAGAUGAAUGCAUUGGAAAAUGUGGCAGUACUGAAACAGAAACAGUGAAGAAGUCUUCUCAUAUCUCUAACUGCAGUGUAGCCAGCAAUUACUUAGGUUUGGAUAAGAUCACUGAGGAAGAUGAUUUUCAUGAUGUUCAAGGGAAAAGAAAAGCAGCAUCUAAAGCUAUGGUACAACAGAGGAAGAUUCUUUUGGAAGGCAGUGAUGGUGAUAGUGUAAAUGACUCUGAACCAGACUUUGCAACUAGUGAAGAUGCUGAGGAUGAUUCUGAUUUUGGUGAGAGUGAAGAUAAUGAUGAAGAGUUCACUAUGAGAAAAAGUAAAACUAAAGAAAUUAAAAAGAAAGAAGUGAAGGUAAAAUCCCCAGUAGAGAAGAAAGAAAAGAAAACUAAAUCCAAAUGUAAUGCAUUGGUGACUUCAGGAGACUCUACGCCAGCUGCCAUCAAAUCAGAAUCUCAGCCUUCACCAAAAAAGGCUUCUCUUCCUUCAGUGGCCGUUAGGAAACCAUUACAAAUGUGCAGUCCUUCAGCUGAAAGCAAGAGACCUAAGUGGGUCCCACCAGCGGUAUCUGGAAGUAGCAGCAACAGCAGCAGCCCAUUGGCAGGAGUGUCCGUUAAGUCUCCAAGUCAGAGUCUCCGCCUUGGCUUGUCCAGAUUAGCACGAGUUAAACCUUUGCAUCCAAAUGCCACUAAUAGCUGAGUGCAGUAUCAAAGACAUCUUUGAUUGAGAGAAUCACAGUUUUACACAUGUGCUUAUAUUUAAGUUGUGCUUAUGGUUUGACAAGGUUAUUGUAAUAUAAAGGAAUCCUUUAACAUGUCAUAGAAAUGAUCUCUCCAUUUUGUGCUUAUGUUCUCUGAAAAGCUAGCUAGGUAGCUAUUCAGUACUUCAACAAGAGGUUUAUAAGAAUUAUCGUCUAGCGUCAUUUCCUUCUGAAGAGCAUAGUUUGUAUUUUCUUAUGUAUAAAAAGUCGUUGUCAUGGUUGUCAGUUUGACAUAGAGGAAGUCCACAUCACAUGCUUUUCUUUUCUAGUAACAUGAUGUUCCUUUCUAACUAUCUCAUUUAUGGUUGCUUAACUGUUCAGAGUUUAUCUGGCAAGAGAAACAUUCCCAUUUCCCUCAGGAGACAUUUCUGAAAUCUUGUUAAGUGUCUUAAACAACAUUGUCAGUUUUACUGCAAAGAUGUUUCAUAUUUUAGCCAAAUAUUUUUAUAUAAUAAUUCAAAAUUAUUUUACAUAUUAAAAUGGUUGCCAUAGUAUGGCAUGUGUCACCUAUUGAGAAAUAGAUACUCAUUGUAUAGCAAAUAGAUUUCAUGAACUCUUAUGAAGCUUUCAUUGUCAAAACCUUUAACGAAAGUGAAAACGUUUCUAGAUACUCUUUUCCUUGAUACUACUACAUCCACCUAUCCUUGAUUGGCUAAAUUUCAUGAUAAAACGAGAACUUCGCGAGGAAUUUUAGCUUUUUUGUUGUAAAUGUGAACUGAGGUAAGCUGCUUCUUAAUCACUUGAUGUUAAGCGAAUGCUUUAGAGAGUGGUCAUCAGGUGCUUAGUCGUCCCUGUUAUAAUACUAGGUAAUAGAGCUUUCCAGGAAGCUGAGAUCUGAAUUCAUUGUGACUAAAAAUAGCAAUGUGUAUUUUAUAUUCACGGUGAGAAUUUCAACCAGCUUCUGGUCAUUUUUAAUAAAUUUUUUUCAAAUCACGUUAACCAUUAAAAAAUGUAUAAUACUUCGCUCAGUUCUUCCUAGUGUAUGGAAAUAACUGUUAAUGUGAAAAUAAGUAAUUAGGACUAUGAUUAAAGUGAGUAUUUGCCUUAUUCCUGUUGUACAUUAUUUAUUAUCUAAUAUGUAUAUUUAUACUGUCAUAUUCCACCACACCUACCCCAUCCACUUUUUAAAAACAUAUUGACCAGUUAUGUAGUAUUGAGGUACUCUGUAUGGUGUAGUUUGAUAAUAAACAUUUAUUUAAGAGCAUACUCCGUAUUAGGUACCAUUUAUCGUAAAUUGAUCAUCUAGCGCCAGCUGGAUGAACCCGUUUUCUCCAUGCUAUUAAAUAGUUUCUUUCUGUUUGAAAAUUACCUCAAAGUAUGUUAAAACUGGCCUUGCUUAAAUCACUAAUGACUUUCAUGUUGCCAAAUCCAGUGUACAUUUUUUUCACCUCGUCUCAUAGAGCCAAGUCAUCAUACCCUGCUUAGAACACUUUCCUUGGCUUACAUGACAUGCUUUUGUAAUUUUCUGCCCAAUUCCUUACCUACUUUUCAUUAGUUUGCAGCUUACUAAACUCCCACCACAAUAUCAAGUUCCUUGGGGCUCCAUUCUCAUCUCCUUGCCCUUUAUUUUUCAAGCUUAGGUGACGUCAAACUCCAGUGGUCACUUAUGUGACCAUCGCUGCCCACUCAGGAUCUUUACCCCAGAUCCUGCUAGUGACACAAGACCUGUUCACCAUCAAUUGACCAUGGGGUGUAAUAAGUCACUAAGUUCAACAGCAUCUCCCCUCCCCCAAUCUUUUCCCUCCUAUAUUUUC